AUGUCUGCCUCAGUGCUCGACCACACCAAGGCCCUUGAGGUUCUCAAGGAGUACAAGCAGAGGGAUGGUCUCGACAUCCACGAGCUUAUGGACACUACCAAGCACGGUGGUCUGACCUACAACGACUUCCUGCUCCUCCCUGGCUACAUUGGCUUCGCUGCCUCUGAGGUCAACCUUGAGGCGCCCAUCACCAAGCGCAUCACUCUCCGAACUCCCUUCGUCUCGUCUCCUAUGGACACUGUCACGGAAGACGAGAUGGCCAUCCACAUGGCUCUCCAGGGUGGUCUUGGUGUUAUUCACCACAACUGCUCCCCAGAGGCUCAGGCCGACAUGGUCCGCAAGGUCAAGCGAUACGAGAACGGUUUCAUCAACGACCCUAUCGUCAUUGACCCCAACACCACUGUUGGCGAAGCUAAAGCUCUUAAGGAGAAGUGGGGUUUCGGUGGUUUCCCUGUCACUGAGAAUGGCAAGCUUGGCUCUAAGCUUGUUGGUAUUGUUACCAACCGAGACCUCCAGUUUGAGGAGAACCUCGACCAGGCCGUUACCAAUGUCAUGGUCACCGACCUUGUUACUGCUCCUGAGACCGUUACCCUCCUCGAAGCCAACAAGAUUCUGUCCAAAUCCAAGAAGGGCAAGCUUCCCAUUGUUGACAAGGACUCCAACCUUGUUUCCAUGAUCUCUCGAUCCGAUUUGACCAAGAACCAGCAUUUCCCUAAUGCUUCCAAGCUUCCUGAUAGCAAGCAGCUCCUCUGUGCUGCUGCUAUUGGUACUCGCCCCGAGGACAAGCAGCGUCUCAAGCUGCUCGUUGAGGCUGGUCUCGAUAUUGUCAUCCUGGACAGCUCCCAGGGUAACAGUAUGUACCAGAUUGAGAUGAUCAAGUGGGUUAAGAGCGAGUUCCCCGGUGUCGAUGUCAUUGGCGGAAACGUCGUGACUCGAGAGCAGGCCGCUUCUUUGAUCGCCGCUGGUGUCGAUGGUCUCCGAAUUGGUAUGGGCAGUGGUUCCGCCUGUAUCACCCAGGAGGUCAUGGCCGUUGGCCGUCCCCAGGCUGCUGCUGUCUACAGCGUCAGCCGCUUCGCCGCUCGCUUCGGUGUUCCUUGCAUCGCCGACGGUGGUAUCCAAAACGUUGGUCACAUCGUUAAGGGCCUUGCCCUUGGCGCUUCCACCAUCAUGAUGGGUGGUCUGUUGGCUGGUACCACCGAGUCUCCCGGUACCUCUUUCGUCUCCCGUGAGGGUAAGCUCGUCAAGGCCUACCGAGGCAUGGGCAGCAUCGACGCUAUGCAGGACAAGAAGGCCGGUAAGGGCGGCAAGGACAGCCAAGCCAGCAACGCUGGAACUGCCCGCUACUUCUCUGAGGGUGAUAGCGUUCUGGUUGCUCAGGGUGUCUCGGGUGCUGUUGCUCACCGAGGUUCGAUCCAGAAGUUCGUUCCCUACCUCGCUGCCGGUCUCAAGCACUCUCUUCAGGACAGUGGUAUGACCAGCCUGUCUGGUAUGCACGGCUGCGCUGAGGCUGGUGAGCUCCGCUUCGAGCUCCGCACAGCCAGUGCUCAGUUGGAGGGCAACGUGAACAUGGAGUCUUAUGAGAAGAAGCUUUACGCGUAA